AUGUCUCCGCCGCCAACGAAGAGGAAGAAGACCACUGUUACGAAGACGAAUAAGCUGAGGCCGACGCCGCCGCAAUCGACACUGAUUCUGUCGCUUCCCGAUGAUUUGCUGUUGAACUGCAUCGCACGCGUGUCAAGGUUGUACUAUCCGACACUCUCCCUGGUCUCCAAGAGCUUUCGAUCUCUCGUUGCUUCACCGGAGCUAUACAAGGUCCGGUCACUCUUGGGCCGCACCGAGAGUUGUCUCUGCGUUUGCUUAAAGCGCGGUUCUAAACAUAGCUGGUUCACCCUAUGCUGGAAACCUGAUAAAUCCCUAACUAAUGAAGAGGACACGAGUGAGAAGAAGUCAAGUGGAUACGUUUUGGCUGCAGCCUCAAUCCCACAUUCUACUUAUGCCACGUUUGGGUCUAUCGUGGCCGUUGGCUCUAAUAUCUACAACAUUGACACAUCCACUGGAUCCGUUAGCGUCUCGAUUCUGGAUUGCCGGUCUCACACGUGGCGAACGACUUCUUCAAUCUUUCAAGUGAAGCGAAAGUUUUUUUCUGCAAGCGCCCUUGAUGGAAAGAUCUACGUGGCGGGAGUGUGCAAAGAAGAUGACGGUUCCUAUAAGAACUCGGUCGAGGUGUUUGACACAAGAACACAGACUUGCGAUCCUGUGCCCAUCCCUUUCGGCCAGCAACAAUUUAUGAAAGUAGAGAAUAAAAACCUAUGUAUUGACGGAAAGUUCCAUGUGGUGCUUCGCGACAGAAGGGUGCUUCUCAUCAAAAGGGUGUUUCGCAAGAGAAGUUGUGCUUGCUUACGAUUCGAAACAAGGUAG